AAAAGGCGAAAUCCGACAAACAGGAAAGUAUUCGUCGUUUGCGAAGAAUCAUACAGGGAGUCCCAAGCGCCUAUUAGUUUCGGUGAGCCUUUUUUUUAUUUAUUUAUUUUUUUUUCCCCCCUCAAUUCAAGUUUCCUCCUACAGCGGCAGCGGCAGCAUGCACCAUUUGCACCAUCCGGGAACCCACUUUCGCUUUUUGAUACAGUGUAGUCGCUGUGCCCCAUCUAUGAACGCCCUACGCUUCUCACAACGAGACAAGGCGAUGUCUGUCCAGGAAAUGCUGUGUUCAGCGUACUUGUUUGUAGCGAUCAGAUUGCGUUGCAUCGCGUUCACUGACCCCUUCACCAUGGCAUUUUUGCUUCUGUAUACGGCUGAGAAAAGGGUCCGAUUAACAGCAGAUGGUAUGUUAUGGCGCACCUAAGACCACGUAUACCAUGACCUACGCAAAACGCUAGUUGUCAAUCCCACAGCCGUGUCACUCUUUCGAAGGAAUC